CGUUCAGGCAGGACAGGAGGGCGCGCGGGACAUCAGCACACCGGCCGGGUCAAGAAGCUGCAAGGAUGGAGAUCCGACCAGACAGGUUUAAGGCGGUCGCAGGCAAAACUUUGGGGAAAAUUCACAGGCUGAUUGAGAAACGACAGCAGAAUGGAGAAACCAUUGAGUUAUCAGCAGAAGGCCGCCCUGAGCUGGUGGAGGAGAAGGAGUUGCCUGUGGUGGACUGUACCUGCUUCGGUCUGCCCAGACGCUACAUCAUCGCCAUCCUGUCUGGGCUGGGAUUCUGCAUCUCUUUUGGAAUCAGGUGCAACCUGGGUGUAGCCAUUGUAAGCAUGGUCAAUGACCAUACUGUCUACAAAGGCAAUAAAGAAGUGCUUGUGGCUGCACAGUUCACUUGGGAUCCAGAGACAGUGGGGAUGAUCCACGGCUCCUUCUUCUGGGGCUACAUAGUCACACAGAUCCCGGGUGGCUUUAUAUGUCAAAAAUUUGCAGCCAACAGAGUGUUUGGCUUUGCUAUAGUGGCCACAUCCACACUCAACAUGCUGAUUCCAUCUGCAGCGCGUUGCCAUUAUAGCUGUGUCAUACUUGUCAGGAUAUGUCAAGGCCUUGUUGAGGGUGUAUCAUACCCAGCCUGCCACGGGAUCUGGGCCAAGUGGGCGCCUCCUCUUGAGAGAAGUCGAUUAGCCACAACAGCCUUUUGUGGAUCCUAUGCAGGGGCAGUGGUGGCCAUGCCCUUAGCUGGGAUACUGGUGCAAUACACAGGGUGGCCUUCUGUAUUUUAUGUCUAUGGCAGCUUUGGGAUAUUCUGGUAUAUGUUUUGGAUUUUGGUGUCAUAUGAGAGCCCCGCAGUCCAUCCUACCAUCACGCCAGAGGAGAGAAAAUACAUUGAAGAGGCAAUCGGAGAAUCGGCAGGAUUUCUCAAUCCCCUCCAAAAAUUUAAAACCCCUUGGAGGCACUUCUUCACCUCCAUGCCAGUCUACGCCAUCAUCGUGGCCAACUUCUGCAGGAGCUGGACUUUCUACCUGCUGCUCAUCAGCCAGCCCGCCUACUUCGAAGAAGUCUUUGGCUUUGAGAUCAGCAAAGUGGGCAUCGUGUCAGCUUUGCCCCAUCUGGUGAUGACAAUCAUCGUGCCUAUUGGAGGCCAGUUGGCUGACUACCUGAGAACCCACAACCUGAUGACCACCACUAACGUCAGGAAGCUCAUGAACUGCGGAGGUUUUGGAAUGGAAGCCACCCUCUUGCUAGUGGUGGGAUUCUCACACACAAAAGGUGUUGCCAUUUCUUUCUUGGUCCUCGCUGUGGGAUUUAGUGGAUUUGCAAUCUCAGGUUUUAAUGUCAAUCAUUUGGAUAUCGCUCCUCGAUAUGCCAGCAUACUGAUGGGUAUUUCAAACGGAGUGGGAACGUUAUCAGGAAUGGUGUGUCCUCUCAUAGUGGGAGCCAUGACCAAACACAAGACACGUGAAGAGUGGCAGUACGUCUUCCUUAUAGCCUCCGUCGUUCAUUAUGGAGGAGUGAUUUUCUAUGGACUUUUUGCAUCAGGAGAAAAACAGCCGUGGGCAGAUAUAGAGGACACGAGUGAGGAGAAGUGUGGUAUUAUUGAUGAGGAUGAACUGGCCAAUGAGACAGAGGAAAUGUACCGUGGAGGCGGGCAAUACGGAGCCAUGGGCCAGCCAGGGAUUGGUUCAAACGGAGGAGGCGCCGGAGGUGGAGGAGCUGGAGCUGGAUGGGUGACAGACUGGGAUAAAUCUGAGGAGUAUGUGCAACCGCCUGGAUAUAACUCAUACAUGUAUGGGGGAGAAAAGGAGAAGGAGCUGACAUAGAAGACUGAUGUGACACAAAUUUUAAGAAAUUAAGAGGAAGAUUGUUCUUGGAAAGGGGUGUGAGAGAGUCACUGCUGUACUGAAAUGAACUGCAGCAGUCUCUGUGCAACAGUUACAACGGCACAUAUCAAAGAGUAUGCAUCUGAUUUGCUCCAUUAUGAGUGUGUGUGUGUGUGUGCAUAUGAGUGUGAAUGAGUGUGUAUGACGGCAUGCGGGUGUCAGAGUGAUUAACAUACAUGAACACAAACAGUUUUCAUCUGCAGAAUCUGAACUUCUUUCCUGCUCCUGAGUUUGAUGGCUAUACUUGGGAGUUCUGUUUCCACAACAUCACUGAAGAGGAUGUGUGUGUUUGUAAGUGUGUGUGAUGGGUUUUGCCUGUGAAGCAACUUGCUCAAGCCACUGGCAUUGUGUUGAUUUAAAAUUUUGAUGUGUGAGCCAUGAAUUUAUUAUGUUUCUUUGCUGGGAAAGCACCUUUGGAGCCUCAGUAAGACUUGAGAGCUGAAAACAGGGUCCAAAAAGCUAAAAAGAAAAUGUGAUGUCAGUGCUUUCAAGGCUUUCAGAUCAACUAGAAAUCAUAGAUAAAUUACAGAAAGCUGAUGUGAUUUUGGACAAUUUUUUAUCAUGUAAUAAACCUUGACUGACUACUUUCAAGUUGUUCCAUAUUAUAGAGAAAAAGGUGCUUUGGUGUUGUAUCAGUCUGUGUGUGUAAAGCUGUAAAACUUGUUCAAACAUUCUCCCUUUUACGUGUGUGUGCAAAGAUGUGUGCCUGACUUUGCAUCCAGAGCUGCAUGUGGUGUCUAGCUGAAUCUCACCUGGGUCUGACCUAACUAGGUCAUGUCCAGCCUGGCUUAUGGGCCACAACACAUAAAUCAUGAGUAAUCAUCUGAGUUUCUGUUCUGAGUGCUCGCUCUCAUCAGAGAGAUGACCCAGAAUGACAAGUAGAGUGUGAUAGUUGCUUUAUUGUUGCACUGCUUAACCAGCACGGAACAAUAAUUAUUUUAUUCCCCGGCCUCACAGAACAAGCCAUCUAUGUUAAUGCCUUUUUCAAUGUUUCUGCGGCUGACUCUCUUCUGUCUUUUUCUUCUUCCAUCUUAAUUGCUGUUGCUGCUGUUUCCCCGUCUAUAUUACCUUAAUGUCUGUCAUGUUUCUGUUGCUAGGUCUGAACUUUUUUAGACUCUGUGUGUGUGUGUGUGUGUGUGUGUGUGUGUGUGUGUG